UUUUACCCAGCCCUCUGUGUCCAGUCCCUGGCGGCUUUUUCCCCUUCCAUCCAGUAGAGCCCACGCCAACUGGCCCAGACGGCCAUGUCGGUGAGCCUGAAGAGGGCUAGGUCAGCCCAGGCAUUCAUCUCCAAAAUGAAGAAAUUCAGGGGGCUUAGAAAGAGGGAAUACGAAGCAAUCAAAGACUGCAUAGAGGAGAUGAGUGAAGGCGUGGACAGGCUGAGCAAAUCGGUGCAAGAGUUGAAGCACAUGGGGCAGGCAAAGGGUCAAGAUUUCUUGUGGCAUAUUAGCAAUGUGGAGACGUGGGUUAGUGCUGCACUGACCGAUGAGAACACUUGUUUUGAUGGGUUUGCGGGGAGGGUUUUGGAUGGUAAGGUUAAGGCCUCCAUUAGAGCUCGUGUACUCAACGUUGCUCAGGUCACCAGCAAUGCUUUAUCUUUGGUUAACCAGUUUGCAUCCAAGUGGUGAUGGGUCUUCCUGCAUGUUA